CUGUGGGGAGCACCAUGUCUGUGCGGGAGUCCUUCAACCCCGAGAGCUUCGAACUGGACAAGAGCUUCCGCCUGACCCGGUUCACGGAACUGAAAGGCACGGGCUGCAAAGUGCCUCAGGAUGUCCUACAGAAGCUGCUUGAAUCUCUGCAAGAAAACCAUUUUCAGGAAGAUGAACAGUUCCUGGGUGCAGUCAUGCCCAGGUUGGGAAUUGGGAUGGACACUUGUGUUAUUCCAUUAAGACAUGGAGGUUUGUCGUUGGUCCAGACGACGGAUUAUAUUUAUCCUAUUGUGGAUGACCCUUACAUGAUGGGACGGAUAGCAUGUGCCAAUGUCCUAAGUGACCUUUAUGCCAUGGGGGUCACAGAGUGCGACAACAUGUUGAUGCUCCUUGGAAUCAGCAAUAAAAUGACAGAUAGGGAAAGAGACAAAGUGAUGCCUCUAAUUAUCCAGGGUUUCAAAGAUGCAGCAGAAGAGGCAGGAACAUCUGUUACUGGUGGCCAAACAGUGUUAAAUCCCUGGAUUGUUUUAGGAGGAGUGGCCACGACAGUCUGUCAGCCUAAUGAAUUUAUAAUGCCAGACAAUGCAGUACCAGGAGAUGUGCUUGUAUUAACUAAACCCUUGGGAACACAAGUGGCUGUAGCUGUCCACCAGUGGCUAGAUAUUCCAGAAAAGUGGAAUAAAAUCAAACUAGUGGUAACACAAGAAGAUGUAGAGCUAGCAUACCAGGAAGCAAUGAUGAAUAUGGCACGACUGAACAGAACAGCUGCUGGACUCAUGCACACUUUCAAUGCACACGCAGCUACAGACAUCACGGGGUUUGGAAUCCUGGGGCAUGCACAAAACCUUGCCAAGCAGCAGCGAAAUGAGGUGUCCUUUGUAAUUCACAACCUCCCUGUUCUUGCUAAGAUGGCAGCUGUCAGUAAGGCUUGUGGCAAUAUGUUUGGCCUCAUGCACGGGACUUGUCCGGAGACUUCAGGAGGCCUCCUCAUCUGCUUACCACGGGAGCAGGCAGCGCGUUUCUGUGCCGAGAUCAAGUCUCCAAAGUACGGGGAGGGUCACCAAGCGUGGAUCAUCGGCAUCGUAGAGAAGGGCAACCGCACGGCCAGGAUUAUAGACAAGCCGCGGAUCAUUGAGGUCGCACCACAGGUGGCCACCCAGAACGUGAACCCCACGCCCGGGGCCACCUCUUAAUGUAGAGAAAUAGCCCUUUGUUUUUAAAUAGAUCUAUUCCUUUAUCAUCCUACGAUUUAAAGAACUGUAAAAAGAAAAGAAAACUUGUUGUGUCUGCACAUCUGGUGGCCUUAGGUCAGUUUAUGAGUGGAUACAAUUAAUGAAAUAAAAUCCAUUGCCUUUUUUUCCUGUUACAUUAACUGAAGAUGCACCUAAUCUUGAGGCAGCUUCUGAGUUGAGAAUUAUAUUGUUAUCCAAUACUGUUGAUUCAUUUUGAAUCUUUAGACACUUAUCUCUUGCCGCAUAGGCUCUUUUUAAAGGUGCUUUCACGUAGCACAGACAUUACCAGUAGUAGUGUCAAAUAGCAGUUUGUGUCCUUUCAUUAUAUGUAUAUUUAUCAUAUCUAAUUUUGAUGCCUUGAGUGAUAUUCCAGAAAGGCAAUAAAUUGAUAAGCAACACCAUGGGUAUACCCAGUAGUACAAUGGUUGCAUGAUUAUGUUCAAUCUUUGAUUUUUGGGGGUUUUUCCUUUUUUUUUUUUUUUUUUUUUUUUUUUCCCUAUUAAGGUUUAGUCUUAUCAAGAGCAUCUACGACCCUGGACAUGGCUUGCUAGUGCACUCUGUUUAAACUGAGCAAGUGCAGACUUUGCAUGGAAAGCGCUUCAGAGUCGAAGGAGUCAUUUUUAAUUUCAUUAUUGUAGACCUGACAAUAUUUACUGUAUUAUCAAUGAUUGUUUUCUUUAUUGAUAGGAAAAAUAAUUCUUUUUUUGCAAUGUGAUCGGAUGUGCUAUAG